UACAACAGAUUGCUGAACGACGAGAAGUCGCAUAUUAACUAUGUGGAAAAAGCCAGACGCAGAGACAGUGGUGAAAGAACAUAGCAAAAAAAUACAAGGGCAACGUCUUCAAAAUCCAUCUUCAUCUUCGGGAAAAGCAAAUCGGGAUGAUAUCGAAAAUAGCAAGAGCAUAAACUACACACGUUAACCGUCAAAACAAACCCAGUAUUAUGAUUUUAUGACAUUAGGAUUGUUUUAAAAAGAGAGGUGAAAGAUAGUUUGUUGGAUUGUAGCUAGGGACAGUGUUACUAUAUCCGGAUAGAUAGACUACGGGAAGCAGAAAGAAGAGAGAGAAAAAUAACCUUUUUUUGGAAAUAAUUUUGCCUUUAAAAAAUAUAUUUGGACUAAAACUUUUUGGGACUUUUGCCUGAAACAUUUUUUUUGUGGAUUUUGAGCUAGCUUGCUAGCUAUAAAUUGUCAAUCAUGGAAUUGAGAGUGGGAAACCGAUACAGACUGGGCAGAAAAAUUGGAAGUGGUUCGUUUGGAGAUAUUUAUUUGGGUACUGAUAUCUCGGUAGGAGAGGAGGUGGCCAUCAAGCUAGAAUGUGUGAAGACCAAACACCCACAGCUCCACAUCGAGAGCAAGAUCUACAAGAUGAUGCAGGGAGGAGUGGGUAUCCCAACGAUAAAGUGGUGUGGGGCGGAGGGCGACUACAACGUGAUGGUGAUGGAGCUGUUAGGACCUAGUCUGGAAGACCUGUUCAACUUCUGCUCCCGCAAGUUCUCCCUCAAGACUGUCCUGCUGCUGGCUGACCAGAUGAUCAGCCGUAUAGAGUACAUCCACUCUAAGAACUUCAUCCACAGAGACGUGAAGCCAGACAACUUCCUGAUGGGCCUGGGCAAGAAGGGCAACCUGGUGUACAUCAUCGACUUUGGCCUGGCCAAGAAGUACCGCGACGCCCGCACACACCAGCACAUCCCCUACCGCGAGAACAAGAACCUGACCGGCACCGCGCGCUAUGCAUCCAUCAACACACACCUGGGAAUCGAGCAGUCUCGUCGUGAUGACUUGGAGUCUCUUGGCUAUGUCCUGAUGUACUUCAACCUGGGCAGUCUGCCCUGGCAGGGCCUGAAAGCUGCCACUAAGAGACAGAAGUACGAACGCAUCAGUGAGAAGAAGAUGUCUACCCCCAUCGAGGUCCUCUGUAAAGGAUAUCCAUCGGAGUUUGCCACGUACCUGAACUUCUGUCGUUCUCUGCGGUUCGAUGACAAGCCCGACUACUCGUACCUCAGACAGCUGUUCAGGAACCUGUUCCACAGACAGGGCUUCUCCUACGACUACGUCUUUGACUGGAACAUGCUCAAGUUUGGCGCCAACAGGGCAGCGGAGGAUGCAGAGAGGGAGAGGAGAGCUGGUGAGGACAGACUGAGACAGGGACAGGCCAGGGCCCCUGCAGGGGCCAGGGGGAUCCCCUCCGCCUCCGGACGACCCAGAGGAGCACAGGACGCAGCCGCACCCGCACCCCUCACACCCACCUCACACACAGGUAUGGAGCGAGAGAGGAAGGUCAGCAUGCGUCUUCACCGUGGAGCUCCUGUCAACAUCUCCUCCUCAGACCUGACUGGACGACAGGACUCACGCAUGUCCACCUCACAGGUUAGACACACAACACCCUGUAUAUCCACCUCACAGGCUAGAGACACAACACCCUGUAUGUCCACCUCACAGGUUAGAGACACAACACCCUGUAUGUCCACCUCACAGGCUAGAGACACAACACCCUGUAUGUCCACCUCACAGGUUAGAGACACAACACCCUGUAUGUCCACCUCACAGGUUAGAGACACAACACCCUGUAUGUCCACCUCACAGGUUAGAGACACAACACCCUGUAUGUCCACCUCACAGGUUAGAGACACAACACCCUGUAUGUCCACCUCACAGGUUAGAGACACAACACCCUGUAUGUCCACCUCACAGGUUAGAGACACAACACCCUGUAUGUCCACCUCACAGGUUAGAGACACAACACCCUGUAUGUCCACCUCACAGGUUAGAGACACAACACCCUGUAUGUCCACCUCACAGGUUAGAGACACAACACCCUGUAUGUCCACCUCACAGGUUAGAGAGACACAACACCCUGCAUGUCCACCUCACAGGUUAGAGAGACACAACACCCUGUAUGUCCACCUCACAGGUUAGAGACACAAAACCCUGUAUGUCCACCUCACAGGUUAGAGACACAACACCCUGUAUGUCCACCUCACAGGCUAGACACACAACACCUCACAGGUCUGAAAACGUCUCUAGCCUUGUUUUAAUUGUUCUUCAUUCCUUUUCAACUCUCGCUGAUGACACUUUAAUGAUGAACACCGCAGGGCCUCCACAAACAGUCACACAGGAAUGUGAAACCUUUUCACUGGCGUCAUAAAAACAUGGCUGUAAUGUUGCAGGGUGUCAGUGUUUCCCCUAUAUUCAUUUUUAGCAGUGGCGGGCCACCACUGAAGAAUAAAAUACUUUUUUUAUUUUUUAUUCAACUUAAAGGACUAAAACCAGAUGUGAAGUGUGUAGAAAAGAUAACAGACUGAUAUAUAUUUAACAUGAGAUCGUCUUUGAGAACUAACAAUCAGUGUUCUAAAAAGUAGACAUUCUAGUUCUAGAAUCCGAAGUUCUAGAAUCCGAAGUUCUAGAAUCCGAAAUGAAAACACUUUAGUUCCGUAUGUUUCAGUCACUCAAAAUGUGUAGAAUUACAGUAAACUAACGUUCUGGUUGAGGCUCAGAGAUCGGCUCUGAAACUCUGUGAAUAAGCAGUGGAAUGGCUGCAGGAGAG